UUGGUUAAGGAGCGGGGCGCCGAGCACCUUAUUGGUUGUCUUCUUCAUGGGGUCCCAAACAGCUCUGAGAUUUAGAGUAUUGGGUUACAGUUUCGCAGCAAAAUGGCGACUGUCAUUCAGAAUCCUCUCAAAUCGCUCGGUGACCAGUUCUACCGGGAGGCCAUAGAACACUGUCGCAGCUACAACGCACGUCUGUGUGCCGAGCGGUCGGUCCGCAUGCCCUUCCUGGACAACCAAACUGGCGUGGCCCAGAACAACUGCUACAUCUGGAUGGAACAGCGCCACCGCGAGCCAGGUGUGGCUGCUGGACAGAUGUAUACGUACCCUGCACGGUGCUGGAGGAAGAAGAGGCGGCUCCACCCCCCUAUGGACCCUCAGCUACAACUCUGUGAACUACGACUGGAGGCAGAGCUGGCCCCUAAGAAGGAGCCCUCCCCAGGAGAGGCCACAGCUCUGGAGACCCUGCUCAGAGGGGAGGGACUACUGGAGAAGAAGAAAGACAUCAUCAAGGAGGACGAGACCCUUCUAGAGAUACAGAGGGUCCUGGAAGCAGACGAGAAUGGGGACGGUUUCCAUGACGACGAGGACUUUGAAGUGGACACUCCGAAGAGGAAGCAGAGGAAAGGAAGGGGCAGAGGGUCCAGUCGCAGGAGGACAGAAGCUGCUACCAACGAUGAUGUGGAUAAACCUUACGUCUGUGACAACAGAAACAAACAAAAGCAUAAGUCAAAAACUGCCGACUCAGUCUGUGGCAAACGCUACAAGAACCGCCCAGGCCUGAGUUACCACUACGCCCACACACACCUGGCUGAGGAGGAAGGGGAGGAGGAGAGGGAGGAAGAGAUGCCACCGACCCCGCCACCACACCGACCAGACCCAGACCCAGACAACCACAAACCUCAGAGGGCGGCAGAUGGCUCCAUCAUCCCUAACGACUACUGUGACUUCUGUCUGGGAGACUCUGACUCUAACAGGAAGACUGGCCAGGCUGAGGAGCUGGUGUCCUGCUCUGACUGCGGCCGCUCCGGCCACCCAACCUGUCUGCAGUUCACAGACAACAUGAUGAUGGCGGUAAAGACCUACCAGUGGCAGUGCAUCGAGUGCAAGUCCUGCAGCCUCUGCGGCACCUCAGAGAACGACGACCAGCUGUUGUUCUGUGACGACUGUGACAGAGGAUACCACAUGUACUGUCUGAAGCCCCCCAUGACCAAACCUCCUGAAGGGAGCUGGAGCUGUCACCUGUGUUUGGAUCUGUUGAAGGACAAGGCCUCAGCCUAUGAAGAGCCAUAGCAUCACACACACCAUAAUGCAUUUACAGGCUCAGGGCGUAACGUUCAGUCUCACCUCGUUCACUUUCUCAGUUUCUUGUGUGAGGAGAAAGUGCUACCCUCUACCUCUGAAAUGGAAACACAACCCUACAGAUGCAACACUUCUACAACAUGCAAUCCUUAUCUGCCAAUCAGUUCUCUACCUCACAACUUCACAACCAACCACAGACAGAACCCAACAGGCAAACAGGCAAUACAUUCCACCAGUGAUUUACCAGGUAUCAUGUGAGGUCAUAAUUAAGCGACAUAGGUCAGGACCCCUUUGAACCAAAAUGUCAUUCUGUGCUAUAAAAAAAAAAAAAAUUAAAAAAUUAAAAACUCCACAAAGAAUAGUAAAAUAGUUUAAAUAGUAAUCUUGUUCCACAGUGUUUGACACUGCUGUUGUACCAUGUAGUCUCAUCUGACUGUUAGCUAACUAGAGAUGUUUGUCUUAGCUGAGAUCAAAAAAAAAAACACUUAUGUGCCUGACAAGGAGAGUUUGUGUCUGUUUGACAAACAUUUGAUUUAGUUUCCAGUCCCGUCCUUGUUUAGAUUUCACAGUGACGUUAUUUCAUAUUUCGCACCAAGACAUAUCAAAUAUUUGAAAUAGCGUUACUCACAGGACUUGUCUAACAUCAUUUUAUCAAGGUGUAACACAAACCCCUUUAGGGGGUUGUUGCAGCCACUAUUUUAUAUUUCAGUUAGGAUCUUAGCAAGGUUUUUUAUUUUUUAUCCCAGUUUGUGGUUACUAGGAUACUAAGUACCCAAUGACAACGAUCUAAACAGUUAUUCAUUUAAAACUGGUCGAAAUGUCUGGUUGUUGUGACUGUUGCUGUGGACGGAUGCUUUGUUUGAUAGAGAAAACAAUGCAAUCGUGCUCCACUUCAGAGUCCCCUAUCUAAAUCACGUUACCAUACAAGAGGACUUCAGAGUCCCCUGUCUAAAUCACAUUACCAUACAAGAGGUUUUGUCGUUUAAAUAACUUUGUUUUUGUUGUUGUUGGGAAGAUUGAUGUAGGACAUAGGGACAAUGAUAGGACUGCAUCCAUAGAGAGACAUAUUCACAUAGAGACACAAUCCAUUCACACUGGGUCACAAACAUACACAAAACACACCAAACCUCGUAGCUCUACCACCACGUUUCAGUCGGUGAAUGGUACAAGGCGAUCGUUUCGACUGGCGCGUAGGAUACCUCGCCUUGUCCGCGUUAAUCAUGCGCCCGUUGUUUUUUUUUUGUACAUUUGUAUCUUUAUGUUUUUAGUAAAUGUCAACUUGUUUUAUAGGCAUCCCCUUCCACUUUGUAUAUCAUUCAAAACUCUUAAUGUAAAACCUUCCAACAUUCUUAUAUAACGAUUCACGUUCUUCCACGUGAACAUGGUGGCGAUAGAUUUGCACUGAACAAGGUCAUUAUAAGAUUACAUUAUAGGACUAUUGGAUAGAUUUUAAAGAACACGGAAACACAAUCCUGAAACAGUGGUAGAAGAACUGAAAUUGUUUUUAGCGAUGUUGUUUUAAAAAAUUUAAAAAAUCUUUUUUUUUUUAAACGUAUUUAAUGCUUAAAAAUGAAUGACGACGUCAUGACUGGAAAUGUCUUACAGCUAUUUUCUUAUUUUGUGUUUUGAUAUUGUUUCUCUCCUCAGACAAUCAUGAAGUAGACUAGAUACUGCAUAUUGCUCGAGUACCCAAAGGGUUCCCUAUUCCCUCUAUAGUGCACUACUUUUGGGCCCUUGUUAACAAUAGUGCACUAAUAUAAGGAAUAAGAUGCCAUUUUGAGACGCAUACAUGAUGUUAAUUAACAUCUGAAUGGUUACCUUGGUUUCACCCCCCUGUUUUAACAACUUCCUGUUUAUAUCACCAUGCCAACUUCACACUCUUGAGAAAUAUGUGUGUCAAUAUAAUUUUGUUUUAUAUUGGAGACCAUCAAUUAUAUAUGGAUACUAUUUUGUGUCGGUUUUGGGUACAUUGUUAACCGUUUGUAUGUAUGUUUUUAGUUUUUUUUUGUGUUGAAAUAAAGAUUUAGUCCUUGGUUA